AAAGAAAAAGGAAAGAAAAAGAAAAAACCAAACCAUUUUACUCUCUCUCUCUCUCUCCCCAGUUUCUCACUCCCCAAACAGCCAACCAAGUCGUCUUUCCUUUCCUUUUCCUCCCUCGCUUCACCACACCGGCCCAAAACAAAACACGCAAACAAAUUUCUAUUUGUUUUUGUUUUUAAAAACAACUCUCUCUCUCUCUCUCUCUCUCUCUCGCUCUCUCUCUCUCCCACUCUGAAAACACUUCCUGAAAGCAGGAAAACACUUUCUUCUUCUUCUGCUGCUCUCUUUCUCGUCGCCGGGAAACAGCUCUUUCCCUCUUCCCCCCCCCCUCUCUCUCUCUCAUCCAAUGUGAUGGGAGGCGGAUUCUCGCAGCUCGUCUCGUGCUUCAAGGAUCCGACCGGAGCGACCCACCAGCCCGACCCAGUCUUCGCCGCCGGCGAGGCGCUUGACGAAGCCCUAGGCCACUCGUUCUGCUACGUCCGCUCCUCCGCGCGUUUCCCCUCCCCCACUGCCUCCGGCCGGUUCCUCUCGCCGACCCAGUCCCUCCGGUUCGACGACCCGGAGCUCCGGCCCCGGCCCGGGUUGCCGGAAACCGGGUUCAAGGCCAUCUCGGGUGCUUCCGUGAGCGCCAACACUUCAACUCCCAGAACUGUCCUCCAGCUCGAUGGUAUUUACGACGAUGCCACUGACGGCGUGAAGAGCAGUAUCGUCAAUGGCUUCGAGAGUACGUCGUCGUUUAGUGCCCUCCCUCUGCAGCCGGUUCCGAGAGGCGGCGAACCGUCCGGCCCGAUGGAGAGGGGUUUCUUCAUGUCCGGUCCGAUCGAGCGGGGGGCAUUGUCUGGGCCGUUGGAUGGGACCGCGGAGCCGAGUGAGGGGAGAGUGCCGUUCUCGGCUCCGCUGGGUGGCACUUUUGUGAAAAAGAGGAGGAAGAAGGGCAUUUCGGGGAUCCGGAAGGCGUUUUACCGGAACUUCUCGGAGAAGAAGCGGCCGUGGGUAGUGCCAGUGAGAUAUUUCGGCGGGCGGAAGGAGAUGUCGGCGCCCGGAGACGGCGGCGAGUCGGAGGUGAAGAGUGAGAGUAAUGUUCAGUGGGCUUUGGGGAAGGCCGGCGAGGAUCGGGUUCAUGUGGUCGUAUCGGAAGAGCAAGGGUGGUUGUUUGUUGGGAUUUAUGACGGAUUUAACGGCCCCGAUGCGCCGGAGUUCUUGAUGGGCAAUCUCUACCGCGCUGUGUUCAAUGAGCUUGAGGGAUUGUUUUGGGAUGUUGAUGAAGCUGAUACAGAAGUUUUGAGACCUGAGGUUAGGGAUGUGACCUCAGAAAAUGUAGUGGUUUUAGAGGAAUCAAACCCGCCACAAGUAGCGGAGGACUGUUCGGCUGGAGAGGCUGGAAGUGUUGGGGAAAUUUUGAAGAAGAUUGGAAACGAUCCGAAUGCCCAACCCCUCGAUCGUCCUGGUAAGCGAGUCACAUUUCAUCCGGAAGAGGCUCAAACUAGACGGAAGCGUCUCUGGGAAUAUCUUGCUGAGGAUGAUCCAGAAGAUGGGCUUGAUCUUUCGGGUUCUGAUCGUUUUGCCUUUUCUGUUGAUGAUGCUCUCAGUGUGAGCAAUGCUGGUUCUGCAGUGAGCAGAAGGUGGCUUUUGUUGUCCAAAUUGAAACAUGGUCUAUCUAAGCAUAGGGAGAGUCAUGGAAGAAAGUUAUUUCCAUGGAAAUUUGGGUUAGAUGACAAGGAGAAAAUUGAAAUUGAUAGUAGGGAGGAGGAGAGAACUUCUGGGAGUUGCAGGAAACGGAAGGUGGGUCCUGUUGAUCAUGAGUUGGUUUUGAGAGCAUUGUCGCGUGCUCUUGAAGUAACUGAGUUUGCAUAUUUGGAUAUGACAGAUAAGUUUAUAGAUACGAAUCCUGAGCUUGCAUUGAUGGGUUCGUGUUUGUUGGUUGCGCUUAUGAGAGAUGAGGAUGUUUAUGUGAUGAAUGUGGGUGAUAGUCGAGCUAUAGUGGCACAGUAUGAGCCACAGGAGUUAAAUUCUAGGACGGAGUCAAAUGGACAGGGGGAUGUAGGUUCAAGCACGGAGGGUAUAGUUGAGGAGUCCACUGCUCCUGGUGAAAAUGUGAGUAAGGUGGUACGUGAGGUGCCUGCCCAGGCAGUGAAGUUGACAGCCUUGCAGCUGUCCACUGAUCACAGCACAAGCAUUGAAGAGGAAAUCAUAAGAAUCAAGAAAGAACAUCCAGAUGAUAGCCAGUGUAUUGUUAAUGAUAGGGUGAAAGGUCGUCUUAAAGUCACACGAGCAUUUGGAGCUGGAUUUCUCAAGCAGCCAAAGUGGAAUGAUUCGUUACUGGAAAUGUUUCGGAAUGAGUAUAUUGGUACUGCACCAUACAUAUCCUGUUCACCAUCACUUCGUCACCAUAAACUUUGUCUGAGAGAUCAGUUUUUAAUCCUCUCGUCUGAUGGCUUAUAUCAAUAUUUGAGUAAUGAGGAAGUGGUUGCUCAUGUUGAGAGUUUCAUGGAGAAGUUUCCAGAUGGGGACCCAGCGCAACACUUGAUAGAGGAGCUCCUUUUCCGUGCUGCCAAGAAAGCUGGAAUGGAUUUCCAUGAACUGCUGGACAUCCCUCAAGGAGAUCGUAGAAAAUACCAUGAUGAUGUUACUGUCAUGGUGAUAUCACUUGAAGGAAGAAUAUGGAAGUCAUCAGGCAAAUACCUCUGAAACAUUCAUCUGCAUAAGUAAUUCCUCUAUAUACAGGUGAUGCAGCAGUUUUGGCCCUCAAGCAGAGGUAAUGUGCAGGCAUCUGAGCAGUUCCAAUGCCGACACUUCUUUUUGGGUCCUGUAAGGCUUUUCUCAUUUCACGCCAUAAUCGUACAGUUGGAAAGGGAAACCCCAUGUGAUAGUGGUAAAGAUUAAUCUUACUAGAUAAACAUCAAGACUCUGUGGAUAUCUCGAGAAAAUUGGGUGGGGGAAAAUGAGAAUUUGCAGAUGGGGUUGAAAAAUGCAUUCUAGGCAAAAGGAUCCUUUUUCUUUUUUCUUUUUUUUUUUUAAGUUAAAUUUCUGUUUUUGUCCCUUUUUAGGAUUUUGCAUAGGUGGAGGCUCAUUUCAUUCGUUGGUGUCUUUCUUCCUUUGUUUUUCAUAGCCACAAAAAUUAUGUUUGUAAUUUGGUGGGUGGGGGGUUUUAGAUUUUAGUUGCUGAACUAGAGCAUUCCCUUCUCAAGGGUAUUGAGCUUCUGUAAUUUUGAAGGUGGAUUCCACCAAUGCGGUUUUAUUAAGAAGAUGAAAAUUCAUAUCCAGAUCAACUUGUAGAAUACAAGCUCAUUCCUUGUACAUACUGGUGGCUGCAGAGCAAGGAAAGCUGCCAUGCCCAAUGGCACCACAAAAGAGUACCUUUGCUGCAAGAAUCAUUUUGAUAGUACACUCAUUUCAUGUAUAAAUUUUUGAAUAUCAAGAUGAGGUUUGAAUGUGAAAAUUUUGAAUUCAGAGUGCA